CGCAAACGAGUGAUUCAAAGCGCACACUCAAAUUAAUUUGUUUGACCUUGUUCAGCAUCCACCCUUUUCAUCCAAGAUGAGAAUUGUUGUACCAAUAAUCGUCUUUGUUGCAGUGGCAGGGUUCCACCAUGUGAUUUCUGCAUCUCUGGAAUUACAUGAAAGGACUGAAUCACCCGAAGAGAGUGAUGAGCUGGAGUAUGAAGCUGUGCAUGUGAAAGAGACUGAAGUGCUUAUUGGAGAUGAUACUGAGGAUGGUGAGAAAGAGGUAUUAACAGACACUACUACAGCCUUUAACCAGAAGAAAGCAUGUGCCUGUGGCAUGUCUCUUGAGCACAAUGAGCAGGCUAAAGAGAAUGUGGAAAGUGUAGAUGAUAUCACUGCGGAUCAAGACAGCGAAUAUUACGACACUUAGACUUGAAUGAUGUCAAGCCCAGUGUGUAAAGGGACUGUAGUGAAAUAAUAGCAUCAUUUAAACCUAAACAGCAACUUGAAUAAAGACAAAUUGUUAACAUAUGUGCCACCUGGCAUGAAAGGACAAAGAUCACUGCAUGUUCUGUGACCUUUACCCAAUUUUCAAAGAUUACUGAAUGCUUUUUAAAAAAAAAGAAUAAAGCCUGAAACAUCGACCAAUGUCCAACAUUCAUAUAAAAAUGAUAACAUUCAGAUGAGUGUAAUAAAAGACAAUGAUUAAAUGGCCUCUUAGGAUGAAACCAUGUAUGUAACCGUGAGUUGCAGAUGUAGGUAGUGUUUGAACGAAUCUAGGACGGUUAUCCAGGCCAGCACAGUCUACUGUCCUUGGGUGCUCAUUUGAGCUUUACUUAUAUAGUCUGCAUUGUCCCAGCUUAUUUUUGGAUCAAAGAUGCAAUGUUGCACUAAGUCCCACAGCAGCCUGAUGAGACCGAGCUGUUUAACUCAAUGUAGCCUCAAAAAGCCCUUAAAGUCUUAAGGAAUGUUUUAUUGUUUGUUAUAGCGUAAGGUUGAAAUAUUGAUGCUUGUGCUGUAAAUAGAUUAGUGAUAUUCCCAAUUUUGGCAAUAACUCAUUUUAUGAAUCGAUACAUAUUUUUAGACCUAAAAUUGGUCAUGAAUAUGAGUGGAUUUGUGGACUACUCCAUUUGCUGAAACACUGCCAGCACUUAUGAGGAGGAUUUUAAAUUAUACUUAGCUGGGUCAAUUUUAAUGUCAUGUUGAAUUUACAACUUGAGAAACCUGGCAGUGAAAAGACUACACUUUUUGAAAAGUUUAAUAAUAUCUUUAAAUAUCGGCCAAAAGAAGACUAAUAGCAAUAGCUUAUUAUGGCAACUACAGUAGCUGCUCCGUUUUGAACAAGUGGCAGCUUAUAUGUGGAGACACUGGGACAUCCCACCAAAAGUGCAUUACAAUAAUCAAGUCUCGAAGUUAUGAAUGCAUGUCCUAACUUUUCUGCAUCUUUAUUAAAAUGAAAAUUUCAUAACGUAGCAAUAUCUCUGAGAUGAAAGUAUGUUCUAGAGACAAAAGAAA